GAGAUAACACCGGAGGCGCAGACAAAGGGAAAGGGAGGGAGGAUCGCACCACCACCCCUGUUCUGUCUGUCUGUUUGUUAAUCAGCAAUCAUAGUCCAGCGCCAAAGAGUAAACAAGGAGAGAAACCCUCCCCUCCCUCCUCCUCCUCCUCCGUGAGUCCGUGUCGUUCCCUUUAUCCCCCAUUACUCCCCACACCCUGACAACCCACCACGGGCGCCGGCACGGGCGGAGCUGAGAGGAGAGGGAGGAGGAGAGGAGUGGGGGGCUUGGGUGGGGAGAGGGAGGGAUGCAGCGGCGGCGGGCGCAGACGUGGGCGGGGGUGGGGAAGACGGCGCAGGCGGCGGCGGCGCACGCCGCGCUCUUCUGCUUCACGCUCCUCCUCGCGCUCCGGGUCGACGGCCGCACCGACUCCUCCUGGUGGGUUAUAUUCAUCCCGCUGUGGCUAUUUCAUGGCGUCGCCGCCCGUGGAAGGUUUUCAAUGCCAGCCCCUUCAUUGCCUCAUGGGCGUCAUUGGGCUCCUUGUCAUUCGGUUGUUGCAGCGCCAUUGCUAAUCGCCUUCGAGCUGCUUCUUUGCAUCUAUCUUGAAAGUUUAAGAGUUAAGAAUCAUCCAGCUGUUGAUAUGAAGAUCGUGUUCCUUCCUCUGCUGACAUUUGAAGUGAUUAUUCUUGUUGACAAUUUUAGAAUGUGUAAAGCUUUAAUGCCAGGGGAUGAAGAAAGCAUGAGCGACGAAGCUAUUUGGGAGACGCUUCCUCAUUUCUGGGUCGCAAUCUCUAUGGUGUUUCUUAUAGCUGCUACAACCUUCACACUUCUCAAGUUAUCUGGUGAUGUUGGUGCUUUGGGAUGGUGGGAUUUAUUUAUAAAUUAUGGGAUCGCAGAGUGUUUUGCUUUUCUUGUUUGUACAAGAUGGUUUAAUCCCAUGAUCCAUAGGCCUCCUACUCAUGGGGAGGCUAGCUCAUCAUCAACAGCUAUUAGAUAUCGUGAUUGGGAGAGUGGUCUUGUCCUCCCAUCACUGGAAGACCAUGAACAAGAGAGGAUUUGUGGCCUUCCAGACAUCGGAGGUCAUCUCAUGAAGAUACCACUGGUGGUUUUCCAAGUUUUGCUUUGUAUGCGGCUGGAGGGUACACCACCUAGCGCUCGCUACAUUCCAAUAUUUGCUCUUUUCUCCCCACUAUUUAUUCUACAAGGAGCUGGUGUCCUUUUCUCGAUAGGAAGAUUGGUGGAGAAAGUUGUUCUGCUAUUGCGUAAUGGACCAGUUAGUCCGAAUUACCUUACAGUAUCAUCAAAAGUCCGUGAUUGUUUCGCUUUUCUUCAUCAUGGUUCAAGGCUUCUUGGUUGGUGGUCUAUUGAUGAAGGGAGCAAGGAAGAGCAAGCUCGGCUGUUUUAUACUGAAUCUAACGGGUACAACACAUUCUCUGGUUACCCACCUGAGGUAGUAAAGAAAAUGCCUAAGAAGGAUUUAGCAGAAGAGGUUUGGAGACUCCAGGCAGCGUUGGGAGAGCAAUCUGAAAUCACAAAGUCUACCCAGCAGGAAUAUGAAAGGCUUCAAAAUGAGAAGGUACUUUGUAGGAUUUGCUAUGAGGGAGAAAUAUGCAUGGUCAUACUUCCGUGCCGGCACAGAACUUUAUGCAAGUCUUGUGCUGAGAAGUGCAAAAGAUGUCCAAUCUGCCGUAACCCCAUCGAGGAGCGCAUGGCUGUAUAUGAUGUUUAAACCUUGCUAACAAAUCUGAACGUUGCAAAUGUGUACAUGUGGGCUGUGUGAUGUCGUGCAUAUGGGCUCGAUCACAACUUUAAGCUGAUUGAGUUCUGCACAACUCCAGAAAAGUUCAGCAAACAUAGAGAAAACAUAUCUUGUCUAACCAAAAGGAAGGAAAAGAUAGCCGCUGAGCAUUUUUGGGUUCCAGUUAUGUACUGUCAGUCUGUAAGUAUGUCACCUUGGCUUCUUUUUGUGCCUGAUAGAUGUUCCCGUUUGACUUAGGUUGCGUUUCAAUGUAAAUAAAAAUGUCCUGUUGUUUGUUUA